UCUCUCACGUGACACUUAAGCUCCUCCCCCUCUGUUAAAGUUUCGUUUUCCUUUCCUCCCAGUCACUCCAUAAUAAACUCGGUUCUCCAGAACUGACUCGCUUCGACAUGACGGAGGCGGCGAUCGUUAAGAAGAUCUGCGCUCAUAACGGAUCUAUGGAUUACGAUGAUUUAACGUCGUUAUUCGGUCUGUACGACGAAGCCCUGGCCUCGGUCGUCGCUCGCAGUGAGUCGGUUGCGGUGGCGUUCGUGAACGGACAGAAGAAAGUGAUCGUCCGGAGCAGAGUCCGUCUGUGUCGAGUCCAGAACUGUCCGGGAUGCGCGAAUCUGCAUCUGUGCAAGUGGUUUCUGUUCGGUUCCUGCCGCUUCAACAGAGGACGAAGAGGAUGUCGCUUCAGUCAUGAUCUGCUCUCGGGUCAGAAUGCAUUAGUUCUGGCCGCUCACGGUCUGGACACACUGGACGUAAAGGAGCUGUGCAUUCUGCUAAUGCAGAGCGAUAACUCUCUUCUGCCGGCGGUGUGUCAUUCGUAUAACAACGGCACGGGAGAAUACGGCCGCUGUCAGGAAGACUGCAAGAGGCUCCACAUCUGCGAGAAAUACCUGCGAGGCUCCUGCGACUGCAUUCGGUCUCAUGACUUCUACGAGCCGCAUCCGCUGAAGACGCUGCAGGACAGAGGAGUCCCCGCCGAGCUCAUGGCCAUCAUGAAGGACCUGUACACCAACAUCGAAGUCCUGAGGCAUCUUUCCAAGGCAGCUUCUGCUCCGAACGCUGCGGGACCGAACCCCAGAAGAGGCCCGAAUGCACAGAACUGGAGACCGUCGAGCGGUUUUAACGCAGGAAGAGGACAAGAGGCUCAGAGACCAACACAAAAUAACUCCGAGAAAACGGAGAUCUGCAUGUACUUCAUCAAAGGACACUGCAUACACGGCGUCGCAUGUAGGAGGGAGCACUCCGUUCUGCCCUAUAAAUGGGAAAUUAAAGAAGGAUUGGAAUGGAAGGCUCUUCCUGACAACGAAGCCAUCGAGAAAGAUUACUGCGAUGCUACAAGAACAUACAGCUCUGGAAUGAAGCCGGUUUAUUUCGAUACGAUGACCCAAGGCUCUCAGAGCGUGCGGCGUCUGUCCACGGUUUCCUCAGUGCUCCAGCCCUCCUUCAUCCUGACCACCGAGUGGAUCUGGUACUGGGAGGACGAGUAUGGGAACUGGAUCCAGUACGCUACUGCGGAGGGGGGUCAUAGAUUAUCAUCCAUCUCCAGCGCUGAACUCGAGCAGAAGUAUCAGGCCGAUAACAACGCUGUGUUGGAGUUCACUGCGGGAUCGCAGACAUACGAGCUCAGCUUCGCAGAUAUGAUCCAGACAAACAAACGCUACACAACCAAAAAAGUUGUCAGACGUCGUCCCAAAUUUGUGUCAGCGGCUGAUGUUCGCACAAUCAAGACAACUAAAAGGACGCCCAAUAAUUUCAAGACUCUGCCGGAGCACUGGGAUAAAGCUCUGACUCCUGAAACCGGAUACAAGAGUGUGCCGCUGCAGAGCACGUCCACCGAAUACAUAAAAAUCAAAGAACUGUUCAGUCGCACAAUGGUCGGCUUCAGUAUCCUGAAGAUUGAGAGGAUCCAGAACAAAGCAUUAUGGGAAGUUUAUCAGUGGCAGAAAGACUUUAUGAAAAAGAACAACGGAGGCCGAGACGUGACCGAGAAGCAGCUCUUCCACGGCACAGACAGCACACAUUUAGAUGCCAUCUGCCACACCAACUUCGACUGGAGGAUCUGUGGGACUCACGGCACGGCCUACGGGAAAGGUAGCUACUUUGCCAGGGAUGCCAAAUACUCUCACAGCUACACCAGAGACUCGGGCGCUCGCUCCAUGUUCGUGUGUCGCGUCCUGGUUGGCAGCUACACCAAAGGUGAAUCCAGCUACCUCCGUCCUCCAUCCAAAGACGGAGGAGACACCGUCUUCUACGACAGCUGUGUGAACGACGUCCUCGAUCCGUCCAUAUUUGUAGUGUUUGAGAAGCACCAGAUCUACCCCGAGUAUCUGAUUGAGUAUAGCGACUCCAGCGGGUUUGAUUCUCCAGCGAGGAGACAUGUAGCAGCUCCUGUCACAGUCGCCUCCUACAAUAAUCCCUCCACAACCUCGUCUUCAUUCUCCUCUCCCUCGUAUACCUCAUCCUCAAACACCUCCUACUAUAAACCCUCCUCCACUGCAUCAUCCUCAUACUCUGCCUCGUAUAUUUCAUCCUUGAACGCCUCUUCCUCAAGUGCUUCCUCUUCCUCACAAUCCCCUUCCUCGUAUUCCUCAACUACUCCAAAGUCUCCAAAGUCAGAGUGCAGCAUUUCCUGACCAUAUGAUCAGGCGAUCGCAUUGUGAGCUUUAGAGGAAGCCAGUAGAAACUAAAUACUGAUAAUCAAAAGUUAAACAAACAUUACACACUAAUCGAAAACGACAUGCGAAAAGUGCAACAGAUCUGCUCUUCUGUAUUGUGACAUGCAUUUAAAUGUAACAAAAUGUUGGUUCUGUGCAUCAGUUGCUGAUUGGAUGUUGAGAUGUGGGCGUGGCUUUAAAAGUGUAUGCAGAUGAGCGUUAACUUGUAGGGGCGGGGCUUAAGAAGAGAAAAUGACUGGAAGAUUCUAUUAUUUAGUCAAAAUGUAACAUGAAAUUUCAUGCCAGCUUUGAUGGGGGUGUGUGAUUUGUCUUGAUCUUAACUUGGAUCUUUGUAAUAAUCUCAAUAUUUGAGUUACUUGUCACAAUAAAGCUUGCCUGUAUUUAAGGAAAUUAA